GAUUUAUAGAUGGUUAACCUUCGUGCAACACUCAAAAUACUUAAUCUAAAGCAGCCAAUAGCUGAAUAGGACAGUUCUGAUUGGUGUUUUUGGGAAUAAUACAAGGACGUCACUCAUAACCAAAGAAGUCGAUGAGCGCUAAUGCUCGUAUUGUAUUUGGAAUUCGAAAUCAGGCAGACAUCAAGUACAAAGGAAUCAUUAGUUCAUACAAACACCACAAUUACUCAAUAUUUAGCAAUUAAGAUAUGGUGGCUUGUCUUCAAUGAUACUUGUGGUUUAUUUUUCCGUGAAGAUCCAGUUUUCUCUUUGGAAUCGCUCACUGAUAAGUCCAAUAUCACUUUCGAGUAGGGGUUCCCAUCAAUUGGUCUUUCUAUAAGGACGAAAUCAUAAUCCAAGUUUAUUCGAUCGUAGUUUGAAAACCUUUUUGUGAUGGCCUCUAAAAUGGUUCCAGUUUUCAGUAAUAAGGAUAGUAGGUUGAUGAACCUGUAUUAAUCCUGACACACUGCUCUCCAGUAAAGGUCCAGCUUCUCCUUGAAAGUAUUCACUGAUGGGGCUCUUAGAGGAACAAAGAGACUAGACCCAAGUAAUUUGUUAUAUAAAAUACGGGACCCCGGUGUGAGAUCAUCUCACGACAAAAAUAGAGCCAAGCGAAUAACCUUCGCUUCAUAAGAGAUAUUGUAAUGUCCUAUUAUCAAACUAGUACCUCUUUGUACAUGUUCGAAAGUAUCUGCAUCUUUAAUUAAUUGCGUAUUUAACGCUUACAUAUAGCAUUUUGAAUAUACUAUUUUGUAGAUGACAUACAAAGCUUUUGUGUGACCACUUUCUCUGAAGUGGCCGUAACCCACAAAUCGUCUUAGCAGCUAUUACAUUGCAGUAUUUAGUCGUUUUCAUGACUUAUGAUUACAUCAAAGCUUUUUAUAUCAAAACGUAUGAAAGUGGUAUACGAUCGGUGUAUUAGUGGCUAUCAACCCCAAAGUUUAUUCCUAGGGGCUAACUUUUGCAACAUCUAUUUCACUUGCAUUAAAUAAGAGCUUUAGUCUAUCAUCACCAGUACUUGUAACUCCACAGUCGUAGGUUGUCUGUUAACAAGGGUAAUGAAGGGCUUCUGUUUAUAUAGGGUCCGUUUGAAUUCGCAAAGACAGAAUGACCGUCAGUCUUGCUCCAAGUACAGAUGCAACUGAGAACAAAAGUAAUAAAAAAACAACCUAGAUCAUGGCUUAAAUGUCUAUCGGCUCUAGUUGUCAGGCCACAUCAGUACAAGAAAUAAAACUAUCACGAUGAAUACCGAAAGAAAACAUAGUCAUCCCCAUUUUUGUGUUGGUUGUUUGAAUCUUCUCAUUGAUGUUUAGCACUGCAACUAAUCAGUCUAUUACUGGAUUUGACUUCUAGCCACCACUAUCUCUGCUUAUAAAGUUAUUUCAAGACAGCUUGAGCUACGGUACAUUACUGGUCAUCAAACCCUACUUUUAAAUGAUUAAACGACUGUCUAUUCACAUUUUUCACUGCCGUAUGACUCCAGUGCAUAAAUUUACAUGAGUAAAAGUGUAAGCAUGUACUCUAUGAGAAGUAGUAAUUUCCAGAUAUCUUACGAACCAUGUUUUUAUGAUAGUGACUGUAAUUACUCAAUUCUUCCACCAAAAAGCAUAGCGCUAACGAGUUAGUUCUAAGGUUGCAAAUGCUUAUUCAGUGUAAGCUCAGGGCGCUUAAGGGAUUUCUGGAGCAUCGGUCUCCAAAACCUCAUCAACUAAAAGCCCUAAAUUCUGAGUUUUAUGAAAGAGGUAGACUAACAGUGGAAUCCAGGACGUUCAUUCGCUCCUGUCUGGGACUUGUUCACUGAGUACUUGCAUCCCAAAGUCGAUAUUCACCAUGGGAUUUGAAUUCAAUACCUUCCACUUCAAAUGCCAACUAAUAUACUGGCACUUGAAGCUAAAGACACUGGGUUCGAAUUCCGGGCUGAGCAUCAACUCUGGGAUGCAGUUGCACCAGCUAACGGGUUGCGGGUGGGACGAAAUGUACGUCCUGUAUUCCAUUGAUAGCCAACAUCUAUCACUUCUAUAGAACUUUAAAAAAAGUAUCGAUGCAAUUCGCACAGAAUACACAUUUGUCAACUAGGAUUAAUCAAAAUUCAGUCAAGUAUACCAAUAACAGUAUAUGUCAAAACCUCUACAAAUCAAACCCGAAUUCCAAAGUUUUUGUACCUACCCUCCUGUCGAAUCAUUGACUUGGAUAAAGAGUUUCUCUAUUUCAUCCGAUCUUCGAUUGGCGAGUUCAGCUAGUUACAUAUAUUCCAAUUCCAAACAAUCUGUGGAUUUCUUAUAAUAGUCUUGUUUCUCACUACUUCCUAGCAUUAAUUUUAAGAUCCAUUCAGGUCAAAGCUCAUCACUGACCAGCUUACCGAAUCUCAUUACCUCAGUAGAAUGCAACCCCGAAGGAUCUGAUAAUACGUUUUGGUUAGCAGAUUUAGACCACAUAUUGAUAGUGUGCGUCAGAAAAUAAUCCUGAAUUUAUCGCAUCUGAUAUAUUGUGGUCUUCAACGUUAUUAAUUGCGUAUUUUUAAAGUACUAAUGACCAGGUAAUCUCAUGUGUUUGUUAACUUAUUUUCAACUUUUAUUUUGUUCUCUUUUUUGAAAUACACUUGGUAAUAAUUAUGUAAGUAUGACCCACUUUUCUAAGAUAACGUAAAUUUCGAGUGACUUUCACAUAAAGAAUUGAAUUUAAGUUCAGAUGUACUUAUCUUUUGAGUAUUUCGUAAAUUCAUGUCGAUGUAUCUAGACAGGUGCUUCUACAUAGUGUAAAUCACUAAAAAGCAGAAGUUUCGAGAAAAAUUGAUAUGAAUGUGUGGGUUUUCGAAGUGAGCUUCAGACUGCUACGUUUUUUCCAUUUCAGAAAGAACUUCAGUGAAGUACAUUUUGUAAUACGACAACACGUAUAUUGUUAACUACUUAGUGAAUAACAAUACUAUAAUUAACUGUUAAAUAAUAUUAUGGAUGUGCAAUUGUGCGAUGGUUCAUUGGGUGAGGAGACAGAUGGUACAAACGCUUUGGGAACUAUAGUUACAGAAGAUUCUAGUGGGAACAUUCCAAAUGUGAAUUCAAAUAUAAAUGUAUAUGAUGGUAUGGAGUUCAAGCGAAAGCGCUCCGUUAUAAAAGAAAGGCGUUUUGUGAUAAACGAUAUGGUUGAAACAGUUGAUUUUGGUCUACUACCUGAGGGUUGGCUCCAACUACGUCAUAUUUCUGGACUUAAUGUAUAUUUACACAGAUCAAGCCGAGUGGUGACACUUUCAAGACCAUAUUCUAUUGGACCGAGUAGUGUACGUCACCAUCGUAUUCCUGUAUCGGCUAUUCCAUGUUUGGCUUAUCGUAAAGCUAGUGGAAAAUUUUUUUAUCCAACUGAAUCUCAUAAGGUCCCUUCAGAAUUCACUAGUCCAGUAAAUGAGUUAAAUAAUAAAACAGUAUGUUGUCCGUUUGAAAAAUCACCAACAAACAUCCCAUCUGAAGAUGUACAAACAGUCCAAAAAUUAGACCUAUCUAAUGAGUCGUUAGAAGAUGAAGUAUCAGUAAUAAAUAACAAACAUGAGGAUAAGCUACCAAUUAAUGAUGCUGCUUCAGUAUCAUUCAAUCGUAGUAGAAAUAACUCGUUUUCAUCACCUGAAGAUAACAAUAAUACUAAUCAUGAUGUUGUUGAUGCAGUGAAAAGUAAAAAUUCCGACAAAGAAGAAGGUGAAUUAUCUUCUGGUGAUGAUGAAAAAGAGAAUUCAUUUGAAGAUGAUAGUCGAGCUAAAAAACCACGUUUGAAUAAUGAUGACAAUGUUAGUGAUGGUGUUGAUGAAGAUUCAAUCAACUGUUCAUCCAAUGAAACAUCAUCUUUACAAAAUUCGUUACCUAAAGUAGCUGAAGAAGUAUCAACUACUUGUAAUAACGUUCUGUAUAACAGAUCAACUCAUUUUGCGAAUAGAUAUCGUAAAUUUAGACGUGGUAAUCUUCUAACCAAAAGAUCUUGUUUAACAACAUCACCAAAUAUUCAACUGUCAGAGUCUGAUCGUAUAUCCAACGUAUCUACCAAUAAACAAAAUGAGGCACCUACUGGAACUCAAGAAAUUGUUGCUGUUAAAACUCAGGUGUUUUCUAUUAAAGACAAAGAAAAAGAAUCUCUGUUGACACCUGAUGAUAUCCGUGAAUAUUGUGGACGUCUUUUUGAAAUCAGAGUAGAAGAUACAGUAUUUAAAAGAAAUAGUGAAUAUCAUUGUACAACAGAUCUUACUACUAAAGAAUCAGAAGACAUACAGAAACCAUUACUGAUGAUGUCAGAACAGGCAAAAGUUAUUCGAUAUCAAAUACCAUCGGCUGAUGGAAACGUUUCGCGAAAGCAGCCUAAAGAGGGUAUGAUCAAUAUGACUGGUAAAUCAUAUGUUUGCAUUCUUCAUGAGUAUUGCCAAAAUGUUAUACGUCGUCCGCCGACAUAUCAGACAACAGUUCUUGAAAACGAUAAAAAUCCCUAUCAAAUGACAGUAUUUAUUAAUGGUAAUCCAUAUGGAACCGGUACAGGGCAAAGUAAAAAGUGUGCAAGAUUAGAAGCGGCUCGUAAAGCGCUUGAAGUUUUAAUUCCGGAUUUUCAAAAGAUUGUAUGUAGCAGUUCACAUCAAACAGGUCCAGUGGUAGCCUCUGAUCGUGAUAUGCAGUUGUUCGAUUCCAUUUCAGUGACUGAUCCACGUUUAUAUGAAUUAUCUGUGCGUAUGGCACUACCUACUCCAUAUAAUCUACUUGUUGAAUGUUUAAGUCGAAGUUGUGUUCCUGAGUCUGAUUUGAAGUCAAAUAUGAUAUCUCAAGGACGCAGUAAACACUUUUUCACUUUACAGCUGAGAGAACAUACUGUUAAGGUUAGAUGUAAAAACAAAAGAGAAGGUCGUCAUUUAUCUGCUCAACAUCUUUUGGCCCGCCUACAUCCUGAAGUUAGUACCUGGAGUGGUCUUUUACGUAUUUAUGGUCCGGGUAGUAAACCAGACAAGCGAAAUGAGUUGGAAACAAUCCAAGAUGCACAAAUUCAACAGAAGUCUGCUGUAAAAGCUAGUUUAAUUCGUUUAUUAAAAGCGAAAAUGAGUGAAUUAGCUGACCAAUGGGAAAAGUCUGGCGGAAAUUCGAAUCCGAAAGGGAAGUUUUUUGUUUCACCCUACAACCUUCCUGUGGUCGCUUUCCAUCCCGACUCUGAGGGCGAUUUGUACAGUUCUGCACCGAUUGCUUCUUCCUCUUCCCCGCCCAUACUACCCCCGACAUCGGAUUAGUCGAUUUUGAAGUGUAAUUUUCAUUUCCAAUAAUAAAACAUUAUUUCCAUUUUUCUUCCCGUACUGUUCACUGAUUUUGCUGUAUUUACUUUGUCACUGUACUGAAUAUAAGUCAUAAUACUUGACC